AUGACGUGUAGUUGCAAAGGUUUCCAAUUUGUAUUUAAAGCAGAUUACGGUGGCUAUUUAUGUUACCCCAAGUAUGAGUUAUUCAAUGGACAACUUACACCAAAUUUUGAGGGAGACUUGUAUUUAAGAGUACCCAAAGUUGGUUUUGUCUAUAAUAAGACGCUGGAUGCCGCCGAAUCGUGGUUGAAUUGCACAGCCGAACUUAGCAGGACAGUUAGAGGAACGUAUGAAAAUAAGACACUGAAGCUUUUGCUUUGGUUUACUACUGCAGUGGGAGGCCUAGUGGUAACCUGCAUUUUCCUGGCGUUCUUUACCCUGUUUAUGACCAGUAAGAAUUCCGACCCAGUUGCAGAAGGACACCUCCUGAUGUCUAGAUUCAAGCGAUUCAAGUUUUCUGAGCUGAAAAAGGCCACACGGGGAUUCGUUGAAGUGAUUGGACGAGGAGGGGGAGGGGUAGUAUCCAAAGGUAUACUGCCCGAUAAGCGAGUUGCAGCAAUCAAAAGACUCGACGAAGAUAACCAAGGAGAAGCCGAAUUCCUAACAGAAGUAAAUACCAUUGGGAGGCUUUACCACAUGAACUUGAUAGACAUCUGGGGUUACUGCGCAGAGGGAAAGCAUAGGCUUCUGGUGUACGAGUACAUGGAGCAUGGAUCCUUAGCAGAAAAACUUACUUCUAACGAACUUGAUUGGAAAAAGAGGUUUGAUAUUGCAGUGGGCACUGCGAAAGGCCUAGCUUAUUUGCAUGAAUAG